AUGAUUUCCCAGCAUCCUUUGGGCCACAGCAUAGAAAAGCCCGGCUGCGUGGCGCCACCUGGUGGACAAGAGGUUGUCGUGAAAACCAUUGGGCGAGAACCGGAUGUCACUCCAGUAUGCGACUCCGCCACACUGCACAUCAUCACACUGAUAGUGUGUAAGAUCAGAAGGGAGAUCAGUGGGGGGGAAGAGUGUCGUCUGCUCUAUCAACAUGGACAGGACUUUGUGCAUGAAUGUGACUCCAGGUUCACACUCAAGACAGAAAACGAGACUGUGUUCCUCCACCUGACCGGUUUAACACCAGAGGACAGUGGGAACUACAGCUGUGAGUGCUCACAUGUUCGUGGGACGGAUAUUCUGCAUGUCAUAAUCACUGUGAAAGGGGAAGAAGAGGCCAGCACUUCAGUUAUUACAAUGCUCACUUAUGCCACUGUGAUCAGCUGCGGCACUGCUUUUACCUUUGUAACGUGUUUUCUUCUUGGGCUCGCCGUGAUGAAAAUACAUCGCAGAGUUGAUACCAGGUCAGGACCAUCUGGACUGUCUGUCUGCGAAACCUCCUGCUCUUUGGUGGCCAAGGACAAAGACGAGCCAGAUAACCACUACACAAGCCUCCGACAGCCAGGAAGUGAUCUCUACCAGAGUGUCUCUCCAACGAGCCAUCAAUACCACAGCAUGGAAAAUUCAGCCAGCAACAACACGGCGCCCGAACAGCUUUGUGAAAUCUAUGAAAUUCUCUAAAUUAAAGUCAGCAACGUCUCCUCUUGUCCCUAAGUAACAUUUCUUUUGUCAGUUUUCCAUGAAUCUGCUGCAGGGGUUUCAUAUAUUAAGUUACACCGAAGUUAAUGCUGUAAAUGCUCUACUAUAUAAUUUCUUACAUACAGUGCAGCCUUAUUCAUGUUGUCCUUUGACGAGUGUGGGUCAUAUCACCAAUGUGCACAUCUACCAGGGAUGUAGCGUGUAGUACUACCCAUGUCCCAAACAUUCAGGAAUCCUUGAAUAUGUUCGGAUGAAACAAAAUGUUAUCGAGGUGAAUGAAAUGAACGACUUUGAAAAUAUUUGAGACUUUGAGCCUUGUUUGUUGUUUUGAUGUCCAGAUUUAUUCCAACACAUUGAUACCUUAAAGAAUAAAUGAUCAAUAAUGUUAGUGAGUGCAGCAGUCAAAGACACGCGUGUUUUCUUUGUCUUUGCA